UUCACUUUAAGCGCUUAAAUCUGCAAUUUUGAUAAUAAUUUAUUGCCUAAAAUAUCUGGUGAUAUUUUUUAGCAUAAUUCCGAUUCAAAUUUUAUAUUAAUAUUAAAUACUCCAAAUAGAAUAACUAAAACAUACAUAUAUUAGAUGCAAACAUAAAACGAGAAACAAUUAUAACUUUAAAAUUAUCUUGAAUAAUUAGGAGUUUCUAAUAUUUAUCAAUAUUGCCUAAGCUAUGAGGAGGAUCUAUUGAAAUUAAAUAGAAUGACAAACAAGUAACUAAAUGAUGCUUAAUAUAAAAUUUCGAGUUCUUUUUGCAAAACUCCUCUCUAAAACGCUAAGGAACUUCUUAAAAAGUAGUAAAAUCUGUAAAAUCUUACUUUUGGUGAAAAAGAAUUAGAUGAUCUACUUGAAGGAGGAUUGUAAAUAGGAAAAGUUUAUGAAUUAAGUGGAUAUCCUUGCUCAGGAAAGUCAAUCCUUGCAUAAAAGUUAAUUUCUUAAAAUUUUAAAUGUAAUCAAAAAGGUGCUUGGUAUCUAGAUAUUUCUAAUUAAUUUAACUUAAAACGAUUUUUGAAAAUGUAUGGACUCAAUGCAUAAAAGAAAGAAUUUGAAAAAUGCUUCUACCAUUAAAUAAUUUAAGAUGCUAAAAGUUUAUAUAUUUCUCUAUGCAUACUCAUGAGCCAAUUAAGUUAGAAUAAAUAUUAUAAUUAAAGCAAGAUUAACUUACUUGUUAUUGAUAACUUUGCAAUGAUUUUGAGAAAAAAAGAACCAUACAGUGAAUACCUUUCAUACAUAACUUAGAUUAUAAAUAUAAUUAAAUAAAUGUGUUCUGAAUAUAACCUUACUGUACUUACAAUUACAAAUUAAGAAGAAAAAAUUAUUUUUAAAUCUAAAACUGAAGAUAUUUUCCGUAACAAAUCUAAUUUAUCAAUAUGGAAUUUUGUGCCUGAUAGCUUAAUCUUAAUUGAAAACUAGCUAUUGAUUACAAGUGAAAACUUUUAAAGAAAUGCUAAAAUUAGCUAUACUGUUCUUUCAGAUAUAUAAAUGAAAGACUAGAAUACUGUUACUGUAAAUAAAUAAUAUUGA